AGGAGCGGAGCCUCCGCCUGGGGGGCGCGUAUUUCUGGCUGACUGUUCCCCAACUGCGCGUCCCUGCCCCACCCCCACGGCGGGGACCCCUGUGUUGUGGCGGUCUUUGCCUGGCGGAGGAGCUUCGAGCAGCCACCUGCCGCGUUCCACAGCUUCUUUGCAUCUCGGAUUUCGGGGCGACCCCCCUCCUUCUGUUCCUUCCUCUCGCAUCCUGCUUUUUUCUUCUGUGUUUUGCUUGGAUUUCGUAGCCGUCCGUUUUUGCGUCCCUUAUUCGUUCUGCUUCUAGGUGCUUUGCAGAGUGAGGCUACAUUCACACCCCUUCUUGUUAUCGCCUCCUACUCUACAGCCCUUUACAUCGCGGCGGGGGGCCUAAGAUCCGAGCGCGUCUGCCGCGCUGCCAGCAGCCCGCAGCCCGCGGCCGUGCACCCCAGGAUUUGCAGCAGCCGCCUCUCGCAGGGGGUCUCCUUCGUCCCUACUGCCUUCGCUUCCCGCGCGCCCCAGUGCGUGGCAGGCAUCCGUGCGCGACUCCCCCGCUUCUCUGCAGCCCCCCGCCCCGCGCCGGGACUCGCCCCGCGCCGCCAAGAUGGUCAUCCAGAAAGAGAAGAAGAGCUGCGGGCAGGUGGUUGAGGAGUGGAAGGAGUUCGUGUGGAAUCCGCGGACACACCAGUUUAUGGGCCGCACCGGGACCAGCUGGGCCUUCAUUCUCCUUUUCUACCUCGUCUUCUAUGGCUUCCUUACGGCCAUGUUCACCCUUACAAUGUGGGUGAUGUUGCAGACUGUCUCUGACCACACCCCCAAGUACCAGGACCGCCUGGCUACACCAGGCUUGAUGAUUCGUCCUAAGACUGAGAAUCUUGAUGUUAUUGUCAACAUCAGUGACACUGAAAGCUGGGAUCAGCAUGUACAGAAGCUCAACAAGUUCUUGGAGCCUUACAACGACUCCAUCCAAGCCCAAAAGAAUGAUGUCUGCCGUCCGGGACGCUAUUAUGAGCAGCCAGAUAAUGGGGUUCUUAACUACCCAAAACGUGCCUGCCAAUUCAAUCGGACCCAGCUGGGCAACUGCUCUGGUAUAGGGGACCCCACCUACUAUGGUUACAGCACUGGGCAGCCCUGUGUCUUCAUCAAGAUGAACAGAGUUAUCAACUUCUAUGCAGGAGCAAACCAGAGCAUGAAUGUUACCUGUGCUGGCAAGCGAGAUGAAGAUGCUGAGAAUCUUGGCCAUUUUGUCAUGUUCCCUGCCAAUGGCAACAUCGACCUUAUGUACUUCCCCUACUAUGGCAAAAAGUUCCACGUGAACUACACGCAGCCUCUGGUGGCCGUGAAGUUCCUGAAUGUGACCCCCAAUGUGGAGGUGAACGUGGAAUGCCGUAUCAACGCUGCCAAUAUCGCCACAGAUGAUGAGCGAGACAAGUUCGCUGGCCGUGUGGCCUUCAAACUCCGCAUCAACAAAACCUGAGGUCCCCUUUCUCUUGCCCCGAUCUCUCUCCCAUGGAUGCUUCUGGAAUGUCUCUGACCCUGCCUGAUCCCUCCCUCACCCACCCCAAAGGUAUUUUUUAUAACAGAGCUAUGACUUGUCCAGUCUCACGCCCUUUUCCUUGACUUCUCAAACCAGCCUGAUGUCCACUGUGAUUCCCUGACUGCCCAUGUUUUCUGCCAUCUUGUCCCAUACUAAGCUCAUCCAGAGAUAGAGAUGGGCUACUCAAAUGGCCACAGAGGAUUUAGGAGUCUUUCUAGCUCUGGUUUAGCUGUCAGUGGGAUGUCCCUACAGCCCCCACUUCUUCUGCCCCAUCUUCUGAGAGCUACAAAAUAUGCCCACUUACCCAGCCAGUACACACAAUCCUCACUUCAGCCCUUUGCUUCCCAGAAAUGAAUAUAGUAUUCCCUUCUUCUAGUCUUAAGCUCCAGCCAUUGUACCUUUUCUCACUGUUACACUUUCUCCUUGUCUUUGCAGUGCUUAUCUUGCUGGCUUUGACUUCUGUGGUUCCUCCAGAUUUUAACUCCUUUUCCCCCAUCUUUAUUUUGUUUUCUGGAAAGCAGCCAUUUGUAAUAGAGAACAAGUUGAUUCCGUGGCCUUUAUCCUCCCCCUAUGGUGACUCCAUGAGCUGGGAAAUGAAGGAAUGAAAGAGAAGUCCUGUUGAUUCUUCUAGAAAGUUCUGUAGCGGCUCCUGACUCCAAUUUCUUCUUGGUCUUUCUGUCAUCCAAAGAGCCACUACUCAGAGAGAGGCGGGCUUGACCUAGGCUGAAUAUCCACUUUGUUUUUACCAAUGGCUCCCUUCCCCCAUUUGCCUUCCCAGAAUAUCCUUCAAGUUCCACUUCCCAGGGAGCCUUGGGGGAGGGGCAGCCAUCUUGGCUCUGUCCCCAGUGGCCACCUUGGAGACAUCAGCUGGCUGGGGAACUAGUCCACCUCCUUCUGAGCCCAGAUCUGCCCCCACCAUCCUCUCACUGGGUUCUCCUAGCAAGUAACCAACUGAUCGUUAACUUCUUCCCUGUACUCUGCAUGUCAGCCUGAAAGUUUCAAAUACUCCUCUCAAUCUAUGCUCUGAAUUUCUUGGCUCCAUUUCUUUCAGACCUUUUUGCCUUUAAAAAAAAAACUAAAUGCCCAUAGAAUGUUAAAUGAGGGGCCUCCUGUUCUGAAUAUUCUUUAGUUAUAGAAGCAUUUUAACUCUUUCUUCUCUGGUUUCCCUUCUUGGCCUCACCCUCUGCAACUUCCUUUUUAUUAAUGCUGCAGCCUCCACGCUCCACCUACAAAUGGAAUCUUUCCUUUUGCUGGAUCUGUAUCUCUUCCUUCUGGGUCCCCAUGUUUUCCUGCACUGCCCUCUCCCCAGUGAUUUCUUUGCAGUUAUUUAAUGCCUGUGUCAGAUCUGAGAAAAAAAAAAAAAAAAAAGAUAAAGUACAAUAAAAUGAGAGUAAUUAUAUAUAUAAAUA